AUGGCACUCGCUUUUCAGCUGUCACAUGUUAACACUAUCAAGAAUGGGCGUGGAGUUAUUUUGGACUUGCUCUUUAGUUCCAACCAUUCACUAAUUGUAUCUUCCGCUCUCGAUUCUAUAUUACCACAGGAAUCUGCCCAUCCUGCUUUAUCCUGUGAAAUCCCGAUAGUCAAGAUAUCGUCUAAACAUAUGGGUUCAAUUCGAGACUUUCGACGCUGCAACAUUGAGAAGAUCUUCAAUGAACUUUACCAUGCAUUGGGUCCUGUUUCCUUCCAUUUUCCGGAUGUCAUUGAGUCUUUCAACAACUUUGUCAAUACCAUUCAUGGAAUCGUAGUAAGGAAUACACCUUUAAAGAAAACCGGUAAAUCAAGAUUCCCUUGCUGGUUCUCACCGGAGUUGAAGGACUUAGUAAUUGGAAAGAAAAUUUGUCACAAAAGGUUCAAAACUACUUCCAGCCCUAAUGACCACAUCGAAUUUAGUCGUCUUAGAGAUCUUUGCAAAGAGUUAAGCUCUCAGUGUUUCAGUAACUAUAUCGAUUAUGUUAAUGGUAUGAUCCCUCUUAACAUCAGAGCUUUUUGGAGUUUCGUUGACAGUGUCAAGGGUUCAACGGAAUCUGCGGACACCUACUACCUGGAUAACAGCUCGGCGUCGUCGCCAGAAGGCAUCUGUAACCUUUUCGCCAAGCAUUUUUCUUCCGUUUAUAACUCGUCUCCAGGUCCCAUUCCUCAAUACCAUUAUCUUUCGGAGAUUAAUAUUUCUUCUUGUGUUCUCACUGAGGGUGACGUAGAGCGUAAACUUGCUUCUCUUGACCCUUUCAAGGGAACCGGUCCUGAUGAGAUACCACCGAUGGUUUUGAAGCAUUGUAGUGCCCUACUUGCACCUCACCUUACUGUGCUUUUCAAUAAACUUCUGGAGCAGGGAAUCUUUUCUGAUAGCCUGAAGUCCAGUUACGUGGUUCCUAUCCACAAAUCAUCUACGCUGACUAAUGUUCGUAACUAUCGGCCCAUUGUUAUUCAGCCUGUCCUGGGCAAGAUUUUUGAGCCUCUCGUACUUGAUCGCAUUAGUUUUGCCUUCAGGAGUACUCUUAUUCAUGAGCAGCACGGCUUCACACCUGUCAUCACCUUUCACCGUUCCUCCGCUCCUAUACUGUUUGAUUACAUACUCAAUAACUCUGCUCUCAUUCGUGAAACUUCUAUUAGAGAUCUUGGAAUCGUAAUCUCCCACAGUCUUGGCCCUGAAUCCCACAUUGAUGCCAUCACCACUAAAGCCUCUCGUAAACUGGGAUUUCUGAUCAGAACUUCAAGAAGCGGACUGAGUGUUGCAGCUAUGAAGUUUAUCUUUACUGCUCUGGUGAGACCUGCUGUGGCGGAUCGACUUCCGAGUGCCUCAUCAGACCAGGUCCCUUCACACUUUCUGCCGUCGUGA